UUUUAUGGUAAUCCGAGUGUCUGUGAGUUAGCAAGUUUGCGUGUGUGAAAUGCUAACGAAAUAGCGGGCGGCAAACUAAAUAUAAUUACAUAAAUAAAUAAUUGAAUAAAUGUGAAAAAAACAAGAAAUGAUUUAAACUUAAUAAAAUCGUCGAGGCAAAAUAACCAUGGCCUUGUACGACAAUAAACAUUGGCUUCUUUCAUACAUCCGUGACAGUUUUAUUUCUACGGAUGACACUGGUAUGUGUGAAGCUGUAAUGCCGAGAGAAGAUAUACCAAAGCAAUUAAAAGCCAACGGUGCCCAGUGUUAUCUAGGAUUUGAAGAGAGCGAUGAUGAAGAUCUCGAUGCUUUGACUGAGUCAUACGACAUACAAAUGGAUAUGAGUUUUGGUCACAGACCAAGGUCAAAUACUGCUCAGAAGCUUGAAAAAAUGGAGCUUGAGCGUAAAAAAGCUGCUAGAGUUAAACAUAUAAAGUGGGAGUCAAGAUCUGUACGUUUGACUAAAGAAGAAAUUGCUGAGUUGUUUCAGCAAAAAGAUUUUCGUAAAAAAAGUAAUAGUAAUGUUAAAAGACAAUCAUUAUUGUCUGAACAAUUAGUUAAAUGUCCAUAUAUUCCUGUUAAUCGUUUUAUAGAAUACGCUAAAUUCGAUGGCAGUGGUUUAGUUGGAGUACCAGUGCGUAAGUAUCGUAUAUUUAUGUGUAUACUUCCGAAAGAAGAGCGUGUUUAUCCAAUGCAAGUUACUGUGAUGUGUUCUGCAACGGUUGAAGAAUUUAUCGGUUUAAUUUGUUAUAAGUAUGCUACAGAAAAUCCUAACCAUAAUUUAAUAAAAGAAAUAAAUAAGUAUGGCUUGUAUAUAGCUGAAGAUGAUGGAGAAGUAGAUGGGGACUUUCCUUGUCUAGAUCCGAGAGAAAAAAUAGGUAAAUUUGAAUUUUCCGCUUUGGGAUUAGUGGAAAUGCGUCUGAGUGAUCGACAACGUCACGAGCCGACUGGACCCGUUCUUCCUGUGAGUACUGGAGAAAUUAGAGAGGCAACUAAAAAAGAACAAGAAAUUUUCGCCCAAGAUUUAGCGAGAAUGAAAGGUCAUACUACAGCUAUUGAGGCUCCGCUGUAUCAAUUAUAUAGGGUAUAUGUUCUUCAUAAAAUGAGAGCAAAGACUGAAAUUCAUCUUGGUAUAUCAGGUGAUAAAAUAGAAAUAGAUCCUGUAGUAACGAGCAAAAGUGCUUAUAGGUUUUGGAAUCGUCAGCACCGUGUCAGUUAUCAAAUGGAAAACAUUGCGUGGUGUGAAAUUACCGAAACUAAAGGAUCUAAAUCAUCAUUUACUUUAGUUUAUACUAAUCCGUCGACUUCUGAUAAUAUAAGUGUUUCUUCAUUAAGUUCACCAUCUCUUCAUCAAUCAAUGUCAUUUAAAACCCAUGAUUUCGAAGCUGAGUCAAUGGUAGCCGAAGAAAUAGUUAGAAAAAUAAAUCAUAUAUUAGAAUUACGAUCAAAUAAUGCGCGCAAAGAAUUUAUAGCUCACAGAGAACGUAAAUCAAUGAGGCGAAAAAGUUUUCAUCUUCAUAGGUGACCUAAGUAUUGGCUAUAUGUAUUUUUAAAUUAUUCCAAAGAUCAUAAAAUAAUGUAAAUCAUAAAAGAUGUCAGAGUUUCUGAAUCAAAUUAGGCCAAGUUAAAUUUUUUAAUUACUUAUUACUAU